ACUUCAUGCGUUUUCUGUGCAUAUGCUGCUAAAUAGGAAAGGAUGAAAGGUAUUCUAGUUUUAGCUCUGUUCAUGUGCUACCUUGGUUUAGUAUUAGGAAAAAUGAGAUUGGAGAACUGUGCAUGCAACUCUACUAGCUUGAAGCAACAAUUUCUAAUCUACCCAAGAAUUGGUGCCAUUGUAUCCACUGCCAAGCAGAAAGCAGUUUUCGAACACUACUUAUCAAUGUUCAACCACAAUGAGCGUGCAAUGAACACUUAUAAUCAAAAUACUUGGAUGAUGAAAAACCUCAACCCAUUCAAACUUGAUCUUUCAAUUGUUGUUGUUAACGAAACAGAUCCUUCGGAGCUGCUUCAAACCAUCUGUGAGGAAAUUGUGUCACAAUGUGUUCUCUAUAUUAUGUGGAUUCCGAACACAUUUGCUGAUCCAUUAAUGUCAUGGUUGCUACCAACACUAUCUAGAAAAGUAAAACUUCUCACCUUCACUACUGACCAUUUGAAACUAACUCCAUCUUUCUUACCAACAAAGAAGAGAUACCUCUACCAAUUUACUCCAUCAGUUGAUGAUACAACAAACACAAUGUUAUCAAUGGUUGGAAAAUAUGACUGGAAACAAGUGACUCUGUUGGUAACUGAAGCACCAGGAUAUGAUACUUUUCUGACUUCCUGGAACAGCAAGAAAGAUCAGAUAAAUUGUAAAACUGAUAUUAUUGGCCCUAUGGAUGUGUGGACAACACCCAAUGACAAAAUAAUUCAACUUCUUGAUGGAAUUCAAUCUAUGAUUGUGGUGGUGUAUGCCUCACUGGAUGAGCUGGGGAUUUUGUUUCAAAAUUUAGGAAAAACAAACAAAAAAACAGUUUCAAGAUCAUGGCUGGUGCAUGAAAUUGGGUUGAUGAAAAGAUUAUAUAACGAAGAACAGAAAUUGGCAUAUUCACUCCAAUCACACCCUGAUGCUACGUUUGUAACCGAACUACCUGAUUACUUUCCAAAACCUUUAUCAAUCCUUGUGCACUUCCCUACCAGCAACAGGGGAACCCAAAGCAUAUUACAGGCUAUCCUACCAAUAACAAAGGCCUUAGCUGAAAAAGAGCUUCAGAAAAACUUUGGGGCCUUCCAUUAUUACAUGAAGAAUAAUUUAUGGAAGCAUCCAUACUUCAUUAACCAGGUUGCUCAGGGAAUAUCUAGCUAUCUCAAAGUAGGAGAUCCACCCAAGUUUAAUGAGAAUGGCUACUUAUUCGAUCCAAGUUUUACUUUGCUUUCCACAAACUCAGACAAUAUGCUCAUUGAGAGUCCACCUUCAUUGAUAGCUGCUAUCAAACUAAACAACGUAACUUUAUGGCGUCAACUACAUACUGACCCCUCAUUUGCAUACUUAAGCAAGGACCGCCACAUCAGAGUUGUAACAUUGGGUGAAGCUUCCAUAGUUACUGUGGAUAAUUCUAGCUCAAUUUGCUCUUCUAUAUCUGUUCAGUGUUAUGUUACUGAUAUAGAGACCAAACACACAUUUGAUGCUGGAGACCACAAUGAUAGCAGUUUCAUGAAUGUUUGGAAACCAAGUUGUUGUAAAGGUUUUUGCAUAGAUUUGCUGCAACAGCUUAAAAAAGAAAUCGGCUUCACAUACAACAUAUUUGUGGUCCGUCAUGGCCGCCAUGGUAAGUUCACCAAAGAUGGUGAAUGGGAAGGGGCAGUGGGUGACGUGGUGAAUGGUAAAGCUGAUGUGGCUGUCGGUUCCAUCACUAUUAACAAGCAGAGAGAAUAUGUUGUAGAUUUCUCUGUACCCUUCAUGGAAACUGGCAUCGGUAUUAUGGUGAAUAAAUUUAAUGGCACCGUUCCCCCAUUUGCAUUCCUAGGUCCAUAUGAUUGCUUAUCAUGGGCGUGUAUGCUUGUAGUUGCUAUGCUUGCAUCUUCUAUAGCAGUGCUUACGUUUGAAUACUUCAGCCCAUCAGGUUACAAUGGAGAUAUAACAAUCAACAAAAAUGCAUCUCGCUUUACACUUGGUAAAUCUAUAUGGUUGCAUUAUGGAAUCAUGGUGAACAACUCUGUCCCCAUUGAAAACCCCCACUCUCCUUCAUCAAGGUACAUGGUGUCAGUGUGGGCAUUCUUCUGUGUGAUAUUCCUAGCAAUGUACACGGCCAACCUCGCAGCUUUCAUGAUACAAGAAGAAAGUGAAGAUGUGAUCACAGGACUUACAGAUAAAAGGUUCACCAACCCAACUGCUACAAACCCACCAUUCAGAUUUGGAACGGUUCCAAAUGGAUCCACUGAGCUAAAUAUGCGCACAUACUAUCCAUUAUACCACAGAUAUAUGGAAGGGUAUAACAUGGAAAGUUUAAAUGAUGCAGUGGAAGCACUUAAAACAAGAAAACUGGAUGCUUUCUUGUACGACUAUGCUGUGUUAAAGUAUGCAGCGGGUAAAGAUAAGGAUUGUGAGAUGAAUGUAAUUCGAAAACCCUCGUUCACAUCAGGUUAUGGUGUCGUGUUCACAAAACAUUCACCUUGGAAAGAAAAGUUCGAUAUCGUUCUUUUAAACUUGAUGCAAAACGGUUACAUUGAAAGAAUAUCAAACGUCUGGCUUACUGGCUUGUGUGGGCUUCCAACUAAGUCAAGAGACUUCACCAGCUCUAGGCUUGAUAUUUCAAAUAUGGCCGGUUUGUUUAUUAUGCUUGGAGGUGCCCUGGCUCUUUCAAUUCUAGUUUUUUUAUUCGAACAUAUUUUCUCGCGUUAUGUAAGAAGACACCUUAUGAACUGCUCACCAAAUUGUUUUUUCUUCAUUCGGACAAUCAGCAGAGGCAUCUACAACUGCUUGGUGGGUGAAGAUUUUAAGAAAAUGAAGGCAAGAAGAAUAGCAGUCAAGUGUAGUCAGCCUGUUAUUUGGCAAGAUGGCCGAAUCAGUACACACUCGCUGCUUCCUCGUAUUUUCGAGUGUGAGAAUUCUACAGAGCUGGUAAUCACAUCCACUAUACCAAGAUCCACCACUUGCUCCCAUACUAGUCCUGUUCACCACAAUAGACAGAAACGACCCAAAGAAAUAGUUUCAGAAACAGAAAAGGAGAUUUUGAAAAAAAAAGUUAAACCAGGAACUCUAUUAGCUGCUCCUACCUCUUCCAAAAAAGUCAGUUAUCGUAAAAAGACAAAACCGAUAGUUACCAGCCUUGCAAUUCCAACAGAACAUUCUAAUUAUCCAAUCUACAAUAAUACCGAAGCUUUUCGUGAGCGCCAUAAACCAAGCCAUGUAUACGACCAGAUUCAAUGCAACAGGACAACCCCAACUUGCUCACGAAAUUCUGAUGUUUGUUCAUGCUCCCAAAAUCUACGAAGCAAUUCAGCAUGCAGUCGACACAAUAACAAAAAACUGAAAUCUAAAACUCCUUCUCCCUGCAGACGUUUACUUACAAUCCCGCUCUCUCGGUCAUUUGGUUCUCUACGUGACAGUCUUAACAGCAAACCAGUUUGUUCUCGUAUGAGAAGCAUGGAUAAACUGAAUUAGUCACCUGUGACCAGCACAAAAACUCUGUGACUAUGAUUGUACAUUGUAACAUAAUAAAUCUUAUUUCCCAUUUUAGCAUGCGGAGUACAAAAGAUAAGUGCAGUCUGCUUUAAAAUAGUAGCUGAAUAUAAAAUACAUACAUUGUACAUGCU